CCGAAUCGCCGACAUUUUGCGGGUUAUUUAAAACGAAAGAACGCUAUUCAGACCUGCGAACCGGAUUGCCGCAACUAAUUUGUACACAUUGUAUGCGAGUAAAUGCCAUCAGUAUGCCAUUCCCCGCUCGGUUUUAAGACAGAAUAGUAUGAAUUUCAGAUCCCCCUUCGAGCUAAAACGUAUUCGAUGUUCAGGAUUGUGAGGCAACGCACUGCUUCAGAUUCUUCCAGUUCUUUGACCAAUCAUCACGGAGGAGGCUGUGUUUUUCUUUCUGGAUUUGACCGAUAGAUGACUCUGCAAUCGACAAUGGGUUCUGCCAUAAUCACUGUAAUCACAUAUUCUGGAGCUGUGAUAUCAGGCCUGGCUGUGUUGGAGAAUCUACUGGUGAUGGUGGUGUUAGCCAAAACCAGCCAUCUCCGCAUCAAGUACUUCGCCUUCGUCUUCAAUCUCGCCCUGGCCGACCUGGCGUUUGCUUCGAUGCUGAUUGCCUACUCCCUAAAACAGGCACGAGUUCUUUCUGCCCUUCUCCAUUCGAGUUUCCUCGUUUCCGUGCUGAUGAUUUUAGCAGUGGCUGUGCACCGCUACCUGGCACUGACGAUCUCGCCGCCCUCUCGCUAUGAUGCGUUGGUGACGCGAUGCCGCCUGGUAGUGGUUUGCCUUCUCCUUUGGUGUUUCUCCCUCGCACUUCACUUGCCGGUAACCUUGGUGGCAUCUGACGAGGUUCGCUUGAUUCUAUCAGCGUGGUUCAGAUCUCCGUUAGUACUCGUUGUGUGGAUCGUGACCGCUGUGCUGUACUUCUUCGUCUUCAGAAAGAUCAAGAGCUAUAUUCCCACGGUUCCAUCUAGCCCAGUUGUCUGCACCGAUAACAAAGAUCAGGCCGCCCCUCGUGUUCUUCAGACCCGUCGCCUGUUGGUCACUUUCUCCAUCAUUCUUGUGACAUCAUUCAUUUGUUGGAUCCCUUACCACAUCGGCCAGAUAAUGGAGUAUUUCAUCGAAACUGGUCAGAGCACAAUCUCCAACGAUACCUUCAAUAACUACAACACGAUUGCCGCUUGUGUUUAUUGUCUGUCUCCAGCUAUCAACCCGCUAAUCUACUGGUGGCGUUUGGAUGGUUUCAGGCAGGGCUUCAAAGCACUGUUCUGUCGCCGUGUGCUUCAAAAUCAAGAACUGAAAGAAACGGUUAAUGGUAACGAAGACCAGCAAAAUACCGAAACCAUUAUAUAAGAAACAUUGACCAAAAAAAAAGCAUAUCUCAUGAUUUCCAUAUAAUGUUUCAAUUCUUUCACCAUUUAUUUUCCGAUGUUGUUCUGGUGGAGUUUGUAGGCUUGUACACAAUGCUUCAUGAUUGCGCACAUACAUGUAGGCCUGUUACAAAUGUACUACCAAAAUCAGCAAAGAAACAUCAGAGACGUUUAAGAGGAAUCAACUUAUCCCCUCAAAUUAUGUUCUGUAUUGUGUUUGGGUUUUUUUUCAACGAAGCUUCUGCUUCGGUGACAAAGUCAAAAUGGUGACGUUAUCAAAAAUUAAUUCACUUUAUUUUACACGCAGUAGGCCUAGUUGAGUUAUCGGAUUGGUGUUCUCGGAUUCAAUCUUGAGGUUCCAAACGUCCCUAUGCAGCUGCAGCCAAUUUUCAAAAGCAAGAGCUGACCUGCAAAACGUCGCUCACUUCGCAAAAUGGUGUCAUUUUGUUCGCUCACCACAUCCCCGCCUUGUUCGCUGGGAAGGGCUGAUGGGCUUCACAGAAUCUUGUGAAGUAAGUAUACGCAGUGCAUUCUGGGUAACGUAUCAUGACCUUCGCAGGCAUCGCAUGGUUAAUUGGUUUGGGAAUUUGAGUACUACAUCAUCCUGCGUAGUUCUUACCAAACUAAUAUUGCCAAAGAAAUUCACCGAAAAGAAACAACUAAACCAAUUCUUGGUUACGACCACCAAAACGCACCCCUGCUGCAGUGAGUUCGUGUGCUGCAUGCUACGUCACAGGUCACGCUAUCCAAUAAGAGCUCAAAGAGAUCAGUCCUUCCCAGCGUUCUAUUUGCAGGGCGGGCGAUUUUUCCCCGUAGGAGGGAUGCUCCAAAGCCAAUUCAGUUUACCUUUGAAUCGUUGCAAGACACUGAAGUUCGUGUCCUCUUUUUCCCCCUUAAAAUUAAAUUAUCUCAAAGGUAAAUUCACUUAAUUCAGAGAAGAAAACAGUCGAUGAAAAUGAGCACCGACGACCUGGAUUCCAACCAGGGAUAUUUGUAUCCAUAGCUCAACCACUAGGCUACGGUGGUAGCUCGACAACGUCCGCACUUUAAAAUGCUUUAAAUUCAACUGGUUGACUAAAUAACAACAACGCUGUUCAAUAUCAUUGCUCUGUUUCAAGAAUAUAUACAUACUGGCCCGAUCGAAACUAUUGAAUUAUUCAUGACUUUGGAGCAUCCCGCCUACGGAAAAGAAUUUAGGGGGGGGGGGGUAUGAGCGAAGUCACGUUGCAGUAUCUAGCUGAUAUACAUGUAUGGUGAACUAUUGACGACACGUGGCCGUCGUGGCGUCAACUCUUCAAAAAGCUCAUUUUGCACCAUGCCAAUUUAUUUUUGAAGUGUCUGAAGUGGGAACUUGAAAUGGUUUCUGCAGGGAGUCAAUGGAUUUUUUUUUAUAUAUCAGAAGAUGGAGUUUGUUAUUGCCUUUUUUAUUGCUGUAGGCGUACAGUACGAUAGGGGAAAUUACAUUUUUCUUUCAGGAAAAGAAUUAACGAUAAAUUUUGUCUUGUAAAUAGUGUAGACCGUAAAACACCCCGAGGACAGCCUGACAAAGGGAGAACAACCGAUCCUUUGUUAUCCUCGAGAGUUCAUCUUUUGUUGAAAACGGUUCUCGUGCUUGAGUUUGUGUGUCUCAGUGUAUAGGAGAGCGUUAUAUUAUAGGAACAAAGGGAAAGACAAUGCCUUGUCCUCGAGAGUUAUGUAAAACACGUCGUGUGUACAUGAUGGUGAUGUAAAUAAAACAUCGUAGGCCCUAU